AUGACACCCUCUCUGCUGGCGCAUCUGCAGCACGGCCUUGUGCGCAUUGCGACGAUCUCUCCUCGCGUGCUCGCCAGCCCGCCGACGCAGCAGCGGCGCGCGAGUGUGGCGCUGAUUCUGCGCAUUCGUCCGGCGGCGGAGGACGAGGCCUGGCUGCGCACCAAAUGGCGCGACGGCGAGGUCCUCGAGGAGGAUGCGCAUCUCUUUCCGUCGAUGAUGCAGCAGGACGCCAAUGGUACGAUGAGCACAGAGGCGCGCCUGCGCCACUUUUUCACGCUGCCAUGGGUGCAGAGCGGCACGCCCGAGCUCCUGUUCAUCAAGCGCGCCGUGCGUGUCAACGACAACUGGUCGUCGCAUGUGGCGUUCCCCGGUGGGCGCCGCGAUGAAGAGGACGAGAAUGGGCUCUUCACGGCGAUGCGCGAGACCUGGGAGGAGGUCGGUAUCGACCUUGCGGAGAAGGACUUCUUGCACGUCGGGCACCUGGAGGACCGAGAGAUCACGAGCAGCCUCGGGAAGCGCCUGCUCAUGAUCCUGAGCCCCUAUGUGUUUGUGCAGCUCUCGCCCUUCUCGCCCCCACCGAGUCUGCAGCCCAGCGAGGUGGCCACGCUGCUUUGGGUCCCGCUCUCCCGGCUCUUCACCCCCACGCCGGCGUGGGGCACACUUCAUCUCGACAUUGCGCGCCACACGCCGCGCCACACAUUCCUGCGCCGCCUCCUGGGCCUGUUGGUCGGGCGGAUGACCUUCCGGUGCAUCCAGCUGCCGAACGCACCGACGGCCAUGACGCUCGUGGAUGCCGCGCAGGUGCUGCCGGACGCGCCCGCGCCAGCCGCGACCGCGGACGACGACGCCACCAAGCAGCUUACCGAGGCGGAGCGCGAGUACGUCGCCGAGCACACCGAGCCACUGCAGCUCUGGGGCCUCACGCUUGGCAUGACGCUCGACUUUCUCGGACACAUGGCAACGUACCAGAUACACCAGACGCCGGCGGAAGCCCCGACGAUGCGCGCGCUCCGCCGCGUGCUAUCGCACACGCCGUCCUCGUGGCUGCUAGGCUCGCCGCACCGCUCACUGCUAGCGCGCAAGGCGCCCAGCAUCGUCGAGGUAUUCCCGCGGUUCAGCUACCCAGACGUCAACCUGUGGAUGUGGGUCUUUGGGUGGCGCUACCGGGCGAUCCAGCGCAACGCCGAGCCCACUGGUCGGGCCUCGCACUCGCAGCAUUCUACUCGUGCGUGCGCCGCGCCCUCAUCGUCACGACCCUGCUACGCUGUCUCGGCCUAG